AACAACAAAAAACUAAAAGCUUACCUUUAUGUUUAUUUGGAUAGUAUGUAUAUAUUAUUAAUGUUGUAAAUUCAAAUAUUUAUAUAUCUAGAAAGGCUGGUCCUAAAGAGGUAGGCCUUUUUCUCAGGUCUCAAUAAAGCAACAAAUACAAGAAUGUGUGUGUGUGUGAGUGUGUGUGUGUGUGUGUGUGUGUGCGUGUGUGUCUGUGUGUGUGUUUUGGACGUCUACCUUGUUUGUCUGCCUUCCCUCCUUCCUGUGAGUGAAAGAAACUCUUGUUCUGGUCCACGUUCAUCUGUGACAUUCUUCAGUCCAAGCUGAGACCAGCACUCAUCCUGCAGACAUGAAGUGUGUGAUGCUGUGUGUUCUUCUGACUGGGGUCUUGGCAGCCCCCUUUGUGAAAGAAGAGCAGGCAAAGCGCUUCAUCCGGCUGAAAAGACAGUCGGGAUACUGGGACCCCCACAGUUCCCAGAACCAGUGGGGUUACACCAUCCAGGAGCAGGCCAACGAGUACUGGACCGCGCUGAGAACUGAUGCCCAGUUCUACAUGGACAUGGGGAGCCUGAUGUUUGACCGCUCCGUGGCCGAUGAGAACAACAGGCUGUACAUGGAGAUGUUGCGCAAUGCCCGAGCUCACUUGGACAGCCAGACAGGAGGACGCAAGUAAAAAAUGGCAGACAAACGUAAUUAUUGUCAUUAGGAAUAUAAUUGCACAGAAUGAUGUUCAACAUGCUCUGUACUUUGUGUUCUUUCUCUGUUUCUGGCAAUCACAGGAUGUUUGUGUUUGUACAUCACGCUUACAACCGUCUUUGUCGAGAUGGAGUGUGU